AUCAAUAUGGCCGACUAACUAACAGUCUUAACUUUGUGUCCACAGAAGAAGACUCUCUGGUCCAGACAUGUCAGAGCAAUUACAGUGUUGCUAACUUCUCCGCAGUAGUUAGGGAGUUGUCAAAAAGUGUCUGGGACCUUACAGGAAGGAUUUAAGAGCACCAAACCUUGCCGCGCGGUCUGGUGGCUGAGGUUUGUCGAAUCAGCCAAAGUUAACUGAGCCCAGACCUCUUAUAUCUAUCAUCCGCUGGUUGGCUAGCAUUAGCUAGCAUUAACUGGCUAGCUGGGGAGCUGCCGAAAAAAGUAACGUCAAGGCUUGUUUCAUACAGUCAUGUCUUCGGCCGGAGACUUCGGAAACCCUUUAAGAAAAUUUAAAUUGGUCUUUCUUGGGGAACAGAGUGUUGGAAAGACUUCGCUGAUCACCAGGUUCAUGUACGACAGCUUCGACAACACUUACCAAGCCACAAUAGGAAUAGAUUUCCUGUCGAAAACAAUGUACCUUGAAGACCGAACGAUCAGGUUGCAGCUGUGGGACACGGCGGGGCAGGAGAGGUUUCGUAGCCUCAUCCCAAGCUACAUCAGAGACUCUGCCGCCGCGGUAGUAGUGUAUGACAUAACAAAUGUCAACUCCUUCCAGCAAACCACAAAAUGGAUUGAUGAUGUGAGAACUGAGAGAGGAAGUGAUGUCAUUAUCAUGUUGGUGGGAAACAAGACAGACCUGGCAGACAAAAGGCAGAUAACCACAGAGGAGGGAGAACAGAGAGCAAAAGAAAUGAAUGUUCUGUUUAUUGAAACGAGUGCAAAGACAGGCUACAAUGUCAAACAGCUAUUUCGGCGUGUUGCAGCAGCCCUCCCUGGAAUGGAUUCCACGCAGGACAAGAGUAGAGAGGACAUGAUCGAUGUAAAGCUAGAGGUAACACCAGAGCAACCCGUCAGCGAAGGAGGCUGCUCCUGCUAAUGCCAGCUCAUCUCAUUGCGUGAUAUUUCUCCUCUGGCUUUUUAUCCAACUCAGUUAAUUUUUUUGUAUCUGUACCUUUUUGACUCCUCCCAUUUUUGUUUCCCGGCCUGAAAGAGCUCCGACACUACAUCCCUUAUGCUUGCCAUUGUUAAAGAACCUGCUCUGAAAGUCAUAAAUCACUCACAGUGAAUAUUUGCAGCUGUUCUGUGUCAUCUCAAACAAAAGUCACAGUGCUGUAGUUUGUGUCUGAAGAGUACUUUUUAUGAACCAAACCAAAAUAUGUUUAGGGCAUCAAAGGUUGGUUUUAAGAGUGAGAAUAUUCUAUCAAAACGCACAACGUGGUUGAUGUGUGCAUUUGUCCGUAAACAUAAUUUUGGUUGUUGCAAUUGUCUGGCAAAGAUUAAGUCAUAAAUCUGUUUGUUUGUUUUAACAAUGGACUCAUUUGUAGAGAAGAUUUCUAAGUUGCAUUGAGGUGAAUCAAUUGGGCCACGUAAACUAUAACAUGGACUAGGCCUUUUGGUGCCAGUAACAGCCGAGUCAAGGUUCUUCCAGCUGCAAGAUAUGACACAUGAACACACUGUCAGGGCAUUGUCUCAGACCAGCACAAACGCACACACUACAAAAGCAGCACUUUCACUCCAUCCUCAUUACCGUCCUUCCUCUCGGCCCACAGUUGUCCCCGAAGAUGGAUUAUGUUUACCUUGGCUUCCAUUUUCCGUUUUUAUUUUAGUAGGUCUUUAAUUUCUUUUUAAACACUACAGAUAUUAUAGAUUUAAAACUAUUUCUUUAAAUAUAGUGUCUGAGAACAAUGUUUUCACAUAAAGUCCUAAUCAUAAAACCCACUGUUAACAUAGAUAUGGAGAUAUAUGCCUCUUGGAGUUCAAUUGUUAAGGGCUUCCUUGGCUUGGGGUUUAUAUAGUUUGGAUUCUGAUGAACACUUUAAAUACUUAUUUUUUCUUUUGCUGGGUGAUUUGUAGGUAUUGAUCUUUUGUUAGUGAUUAUUCCACAUGUGUAUUUAAUCCUCAAUGAUUUGUGAUAUUUAUUUCAAUUUGAUUCAUAUUUCUUUUUUAUUGCUGUUAAUAUCUACAUUUUAGAAUCAAGAACUGAAUCGCUAAUAGACUAUGCAGCCAUCUUUAGCAGAAGAGUAGAGAGCCGCUGCUGUUCCCUCAAACACCUCUAGAUGGCAAUUUAAUCUUACUCAUAAUACAGUGCAAUUUUGUGUGAGCUUAUUUGGAGGACAGUACAAUUUGUACAGCAUAAUAGCCGUUAUGUUUCUGUCUGGAAUGGUUUUAAAUGAAAAAAAUAAAAAUGCACGUUUCACUUC